AUGCCAGGUGAUGAAUCGGAGGAUGAAGAUGGUCUGCUGCAGCACAUGCUUGAGAAGAUUUCGGAUGGAGAUCCUUGGCUAUCUGAAUGCGAGCCAGGGCACACAGUGGAUGUCGUUGUCACUCCUUUGCUGUCCUUCCAUGUUGCCUCAGAUCUGAUCGAACUGAGAAAUCCAGCGUCGCAGAAAUUAUGGAAGAUGCCCGAGCUAGCCACAAGGCCGGAUCUGUUCACAAGAGCAAUUGUCUAUGCAAAUGAAGCUGGACAUCGCUUCAAGGGCAAAAUUAUUUCCAAGCUCGUGAGCUACAAGCCUGGCAACUUUGCGCGUGAUUUCUUCAAGAAUGUGAAGGUGCCACUGGAGCCGACGGCAGUUACGGUUCCGAUUUGGGAAUUCAAUGAACAUCAUAUGGAGUGGCGAGUGGGCUCCACGACGGUUCCUGUGCUGGAUGUGCACGAGCUGCUGGCUUACAUCCACAAUGACCUGCGUCUACAAUGCCCUGAAGAUAAAGUGCGACAGUACUGGCAGCAUCUGCGUUCAUGUGGAAUGCCCUUCGCCACCAACCACCCGGGAAGCGAUUCACACGUGCCCUUCAGCCUAUAUGGCGAUGAAUGCAGCUUGGGUGAUCCUAAGGAUAAAGUGACUGCGAUGUUCCUGACACUCACUUUGUUCAAACCCAAGAAGGUGAGGCUAGGUCAGUUUCUCCUGUUUGCUAUGAAGGACGAGUAUAUGGUUCAUGACAGUCUCGCAACCAUGACACCCAUCCUGAAGCAUAUCGUUUGGAGCGCCAAUCUGGCGUUUAAGGGUCAUUACCCUGUCACUGAUGCUUUCGGCAACAGUCUUCCUGCCAGCAAGCGUCGGAAGGCCGGGCAGCUUCUGGUUCCAGAUGGCACCAAGUUCGCCUGCAGCGAAAUCCGAGGAGACUGGAAAUGGCACGAACGUAUCCUGAGAUUGCGGCACACACCUGUGUCAAAGAAGGUGUGUUUUAUGUGUGAUGCCGUCGGGGAUGACAACUGCCCUGCAAAGUAUUAUGACACUUGUGAUGAUGACGCCGAUGGCCCUGGUUGGGUUUCUACAGAAAAAACCACUGCUCAGUUCAUCAACGAGAAGGUGCGACCUGGAAUCUUGAGUCCCUUGGGUAAAGCAGAUUCCCCUUUCAAAUAG